GGCAGGGAAGGAGCGAGGAGCAGGAUGAAGGGCAUUGUUCCUAGGUUCGGCCCGUGGAUUGCUGGAGGGAUUGGGUACUUUCUCGGAGUGUACCAGCUGGAAUACGGAUGGGUCUCCCCGGCGAGUGCGGGACUGGCGGUCCUUGCUCUGCUGGUGACCACCAUGGGUGUGGAGAAGCUCUCGACGGCAACAGCAGCUGAAGGACGUCGGGGACUGCGCAAACGGCGACUCUCGUUCAUGUCGCAACUCAUUGCGGAGAAUCCUUUCCCCGAUCAUGUCAAUGCUCCCUCGGCGCCCAUUCACGCCGCCCUGUUCAUGGAGACCAUGCCAACAGUCGACGAGAUCGUGGCUGUCACCGACGACAUCCUCCUCCCGCAUGAUCGAUUUGCCUGUCCGGUUGUUGCCGUUCCACCGACGCUGUUGGAAGAGGGCUUUCUCGCUUGGGGGCCUCGUCCGGGCACGCCGGACUGGGCCUACCACGUCGUGGAGGACAGAGUGGGGAGCGAGGACGAGCUGAUGGCGUACUGCCAGCCGCUGGUAGGCGAGGAGCUCGAUGAGAGCCGGCCGCUGUGGCAAAUUCGACUGGUCAAAGUUGCUGACUCUUGUCGCGGCCUGCUCCUGCUCCGCAUCUCGCAUGUGGUCGGCGACGGCGUCUCGCUCGUCCACACGCUCAUCUCGCUCCUCACCCACGGCGACGGCAGCGCGUACACACUGCCGCCGUUCCAGCGGCGCGCGGUGGCAGCGGCGCCGAGUCUGGCUGCGCGCGCGGCGGCGGCGGUCAAGCUCGGCUUCGGCACGCUUCGGGCAGCGUUCAAGGUUGUGACGCUGCCGGCUGGGCCGGCGGACUCGCCCAACGCCCUCAAGCGGUCGCUCGCCGGCUGGGUCCGCCCCCAGGCGUACCGGCUGGUGCGGACACGCAAGAUUGCGGUGGAGCGGCUGAAGAAGAUCAAGAACGCGCUUGGGGCGACGAUCAACGAUGUGAUGGCUGCGGGUCUGGCGCGGGCUGCGCGGGCGUACCUUGCGCAGGUCGGCGAUCCUGUGGUUGACGACGCCUCGCCGCUGCUGCGGGUCUUCCUUCCUUACGCCUUUACUCAGCGGAGCAAGGUGCUCACCAACAAGUGGUGCUUCCUCUCGCUCAAGCUCCCGCUCGCGGACAUGUCGCCGCAGGCGGCGCUCGCCGAGGUCAAGGCCGAGAUCGACGCGCUCAAGUCGACACCCGAGGCCCACCUCCAGUUCUACCUCCAGCAGCUUGCGUCGGCGGUCCUUCCCACGGCGCCACGCAAGCAGACGGCGCUCGACACCAUGCUCUCGCACACGCUUGUCUUCACCAACGUACCCGGCCCGCCGACGCCGGUCUACUGUGCUGGCCACAAGGUCGACGAGGUCAUUGUGUACAUCGGCAACCUCAUCUCCCAGGUCUCGGCGCUUUCCUACAACGGCAACGUCACCGUCACCUUUGCGCUCGACGCCGACGUGAUCGAGGACCCCGAAAAGCUGGCCGCCUGCUUUGAAGCCGCCAUCGACGAGCUCGAGGCCGCCGCGUGCGGUGAUGGCCAGUAG